CGCGCGGAGGGGCUUUAAGGCGGGGUGGGGGGCCGCCCGGGUCCGGCCGGGGGAUUAACGCCGGUGGGCGCGCGCCGCGGGCCGCCAUUUCCGGGCGUCUCCGGAGGAGCCGCCCCCUCUGGUGUCCUUGGCUCGGCGCGCCGCCGUGCGCGGCUCAGUGGCAGAAAUGCUGCGGUUCCUACGUAGAACCCUCGGGCGCCGGUCCAUGCGGAAACAUGCUGAGAAGGAACGGCUCCGAGAGGCGCAGCGCGCUCCCACUCACAUUCCUGCCGCUGGAGAUGCCAAGUCCAUCAUCACGUGUCGGGUGUCCUUGCUGGAUGGCACCGACGUGAGUGUUGACUUACCGAAAAAAGCCAAAGGACAGGAGCUGUUUGAUCAGAUUAUGUAUCACCUGGACCUUAUUGAGAGUGACUAUUUUGGCCUGAGAUUUAUGGAUUCAGCUCAAGUUGCACAUUGGUUGGAUGGCACAAAAAGCAUCAAGAAACAAGUGAAAAUUGGUUCACCAUAUUGUCUGCAUCUUCGAGUUAAGUUUUAUUCCUCAGAACCGAAUAAUCUUCGUGAAGAGCUGACGCGGUAUUUAUUUGUUCUGCAGUUAAAACAAGACAUUCUCAGUGGAAAAUUAGAAUGCCCCUUCGAUACAGCGGUGCAGUUGGCAGCAUAUAACCUGCAAGCUGAACUUGGUGACUAUGAUCUUGCAGAGCACAGUCCUGAACUUGUCUCUGAGUUCAGGUUUGUGCCUGUUCAGACGGAAGAGAUGGAACUGGCUAUAUUUGAAAAAUGGAAAGAAUACAGAGGUCAGACACCAGCACAAGCUGAAACCAAUUAUUUGAAUAAAGCCAAAUGGCUAGAAAUGUAUGGGGUUGACAUGCACGUGGUCAAGGCUAGAGAUGGGAAUGACUAUAGCUUGGGACUAACCCCCACAGGAGUCCUCGUUUUUGAAGGAGAGACCAAAAUCGGCUUAUUUUUUUGGCCCAAGAUAACCAGAUUGGAUUUCAAGAAGAAUAAAUUAACAUUGGUGGUUGUAGAAGAUGAUGAUCAGGGUAAAGAGCAGGAGCACACGUUUGUCUUUAGACUGGAUCAUCCCAAAGCGUGCAAGCAUUUGUGGAAGUGCGCUGUGGAGCACCAUGCCUUCUUCCGCCUCCGUGGCCCCGUGCAAAAGAGUUCUCACCGGUCGGGCUUCAUUCGACUGGGAUCACGAUUUAGAUACAGUGGGAAAACGGAGUAUCAGACCACAAAAACCAGCAAAGCAAGAAGAUCCACAUCCUUUGAAAGGAGGCCCAGCAAACGAUAUUCUCGACGAACUCUGCAAAUGAAAGCAGAUACAGCAAAAUCUGAAGUGUUCAGUGUUCACAAUAAUGUUUCAUCUCAGAGCAAUGGCUCCCAACAGGCUUGGGGUGCGAGAUCUGCCGUGCCGGUGGUUCCUUCUACGACCUCUGGGCCUGUGCUGGUGGAGAUCGAGAAUCUUCCACAGAAUCCUGGGACUGAGCAGCACAACAGGAAAUGCUUGCCUGUGAGUACCAAUUUGCUAGAAAGCCCAGAUUUGCUGGAAACGGCCAUAGGCAGUGUUGUGGAUACCUCUGACAAAAUGGAACCAUCCCAUGCACCGGAUGAUCAUUCAGCUGCGAGACACAUGGGAUCUGAGGAGCCUGCCGUCGAAUGCAGGACACUGGAAGAGCCUUCAGAGAAGCUGAAACAGCUGGCGUUGGAGAGCAGCCCUUUGCCAUCGCCCCGCCCCGGUGUCAAUGUGAAUGUGAACGUCAACAGCCCGGGGGAGGUUGUGAAGUUGACCGAGAAGUGUCUUAAUAACGUCAUCGAGAGCCCAGGACUGAAUGCUGCGAGAGUCCCUCCCGACUUCAAGAGUAACAUUCUGAAGGCUCAAGUGGAAGCAGUGCAGAAGGUUCCAAGAGAAGAUGGCUUAAGUCAUAAAAAUGCCAGUAUUCAGGAGCCUCCUGCAAACAGUGCUGUGUUCAGUGAGAACAGUGUGCCCCUCUGCAAAGACAUGCUGGGCCUCGCGCAUGCCACACCUGCAGACAGCAGUUGCAUCCUGAAGGAGGCCACUGAUGAACUGGACGCCUUACUUUUGUCUCUGACCGAGGAUCUCACUGAGCGCACAGUCACACCUCAGGUGUCUUCAGCAGCCACAAUUACACCCCGGUGGAUUGUUCCGCAGGGCAGCGCCAUUGCCAAUGGGCUCGCAGGCUGUGGAGCGUCCCUGACAGGGAAGGAGGGGCCUGGGAAAAAGGACGGACUGUCGCUUAUCUCACCACCAGCGCCAUUCUCAGUCGACGCCGUCAUCAGCUCAACCCCCGCCCUGGCGGAAGAGGCCGCCCUGAAGCCCAGGUGCUUACUGACCACCGAGCUCUGACCGGAAGCCUCCCCCUGCCAGCAGUCCGUCCCAGAAUCCGGUUCAGCUGAAUGUGUUGGACUCCGCAGCAGCUCGUCCUGUGCCAGUAGACAAGAAUCUCUGCCUAGAUUUGACUUUCCGUCCGCCUGGAGCGAUCUGGUGGCGCCGGCUGCCCUGAGCCUGGCUCUCCCUGCGAGUUUCCUCCGAGCUCGUGGCUCCCCCUAGCGGCUGC